UCACAUGUUCCAAUCCGUUAGCCUUCCGUGUUCCAAGCUACACUAAACUGUAACCGAAACAAAUUAAAGAGCAUAAUAAGCUCCAUUUUGAAGGGCACACACACUACCCACACGAUUGGCAUGCAUCCGUGCAUGAUUCAUUCAUGAUCCAUCUCCAUCAAUUUCUCCACUGCUAAAACCCCUCUCAUCUCAUCUCAUCUCCUAUCCUUCUUCCAAACCAACCAACUCCCUACUUCUUCUACUCCUCGUCUUCGUUCGUCUUCGUCUUCUUGUACAAUUAAUUCCUCCUCUUUCUCCGCCCAAGAAACCCACACCAAAAACAUCUUCUUCUUCUUCUCCGUGUCAAAACAAACACUGUUUCUCUCUCUCUCUCUCUCUCUCUCUUUCUCUGUGUUCAGAGCCAAGAAGUCUCUGCUCUGCAUGGGUCAGGAAGAAGCAGCAGCCGCGCCGGCCACCGUGAUGUUCUCGUGGGAGCAGGAGCUGGGCGUGCCCAAGCAGAAGAUGGCUUCUGACGACGACAUGCCCGAGAGCCCCAGGAAGGCGCCGCCGCCGCCGGCGCGGCGGCUGUCGGUGCCGCCGCCUCCGGGGCGGAUGCUGAUGGCGGGGAGCAAGAGCUUCUCCAAGGCCCGGGCCGUCCGGCCGGAGGACGACCCGUUCUUGGCGGCGUACCUGGCCUGCACCAAGAGCAGCAACGGCGGCGGCGGUGGCGUUGCGCGGGAGAGCAAGGGGCAGAGGCGGUCCAGAUGGGCCGGGCUUGGGCUUGGGCUUGGGCUCGGGCUCUCUUGCAAGAGCUCAAAUGGAGUUGUGGAGGACAGCAUGGUGAAGAUGGCCAAACUGCCUGAGGUUCAUCCUAGGGAUGCUUAGUGAUGAUGAUCCAGUUAAAUAUAUUCUCAUCUUCUACCAGUCUAAAAAAAUCAUCUUCUGUCUCAAUUCUCUUGUUUGUUUUCUUUGAUUUGUUUCUUGAUUUGGAAUUUUUAGUGAUGGUGAUCAAGACUUGCUUGCCUGCUUGGUACUUAGGAAUUAAUUAGAGGUAUAGAGGAAGGCACAUGUAGAUGUGUGCUUGUUUCAUCUUUCUUUGCAAAAUGGAGCAUAUCAUUUGUGCAGGAGAUUAUCAAGCUCAUCUGUCUAUAAGUUCAAGAUUGUGUGUGACUUGCAUGCUCUUUUCUCUCUCGCUCUCUCUCUUGGUGAAUGGCGUCCGUUUUUGUGUGAAUGGCAACUUAGCUUGUCAAAGACACAGUUUGACCAAGGUUUCCUAGAAUUAAUUCCAUUGAUGUUUUAAUUUGUUCAUAUUGAAUGGCUGAAUGUUUAGUGAAUAGAGAAUUGCUAUGGUUGUUCAACAAACGCAGGUUGGUGUAUGCAUGCGCCACCCUAAUACCUGUAGAAAUUAAGAUAAAAGAUUGUACUUGUGUUCCCGGAAAUAUAUAUAGAUGUCACCCAAAAGAAAAAAA